AAACAACACGUGCUAAAUAUAACUACGUAUUUUUAUCAGUCAAAAUGUUACGAAAUAAAAACUACGUAUACGGACCUACUGAUAUUCAAGUGCCAUCACAUUUACACCUAGGACACUAUAUGUUGGACAGAUUAAUGGAAUUCAAGGAUGGAAAAAUCAUAAAUGGCCAAACCCACGAAAUCACAACCCUAGGACAGAUAGCUCAGCAGUCCAUGAAUCUAGCUGUCUCCCUCACACACAUGGGGGUUAGAAAGGGAGACGUGGUAGGGCUGUGCUCAGAGAAUCGCGUCGAGUUUUGGAGUUCUGUUAUAGGAACUGUUUUGUCAGGAGCUAUUUUGACUACUAUCAAUAUGAAUUAUACAAAAGGUGAAAUAACCCACGUAUUAGGAAUAUCAAAGCCAAAAUUCAUCAUCUGCUCCGAAACCGCCUUCAAACCUCACGAAAAAACAUUUAAAUCUAUUCGACACCUUAAAAAAAUUAUAGUCUACGGUGACAACUCUAAAGAGGUUUCUUACAAUGACUUAAUUUUUAAGAAGAAUGUGAAUUUUGAUGAUUUCGUGGCAACUGAUGUAAACGGACUAGAAGAUUUGGCGUUUAUUUUAUAUUCUUCGGGUACAACAGGCUUGCCAAAAGGAGUUAUGUUGACGCACUUAAACUGCUUGAAUACUUUAUGCCAUCCCAUGGUGGAACCGCCGUUCAAACCCAUAGUCUUAAACGUAAACCCAUGGUUCCACGCGCUGGGACUCAUGGCCGGACUAGUGGGGCUCUCUCAGGGGAGGACUAUUGUGUUCCUGCCGAGAUUCGAGAUGGAUCUGUUUUUGAGGACCAUUGAGAAAUAUAAGAUAACAGUAGCGCCAGUGGUGCCCCCUAUAUUAGUGGCGUUAACAAAGACGGAUAUCAAAUACGACCUCAGCUCAGUCAUGGUGAUUAUCUGUGGGGCUGCGCCAUUGAGCAAUGAAAUCAGCAACGCUGUACAGAAAAUUUUCCCAAACGCAAUGCCAGUUCUCCAAGCCUACGGCAUGACGGAGUGCACUUUGGCUAUCACCAGAAACGUGAACAUCUCUCAACCCUUGCCAAAGUGUGUGGGUGGAGCUACUUACACUAUUAUCAUUAAGGUCGUAGACGUAGAAACCAAGGAGCCCCUCGGACCUCACAAGCCAGGCGAGGUCUGCGUAAAAGGCGGAGUGGUCAUGAAGGGAUACAUCGGCAAGGACCGAAAGGAUGAUUUUGAUGAUGAAGGAUUCUUCAGGACUGGAGACGUGGCGUAUUAUGAUGAAGAGGGGAAUUUCUACAUCGUGGAUCGACUAAAGGAGCUUAUUAAAUAUAAAGGAUUCCAGGUGGCUCCAGCAGAAAUCGAAGCGGUUCUGCUGCAGCAUCCAGCAGUUCGAGAUGCAGGUGUAGUGGGUGUGCCCGACGCACAGGCGGGGGAGGUGCCGCGCGCGUUCGUAGCGCUGCAGCCCGGAGCUAAAGCUGCAGCUGAAGAACUGCAGUCUUUCGUCGCCGAGAGGCUCUCGAAGCCGAAACACCUGCGAGGAGGUGUACGAUUCGUUCCUGAUAUCCCAAAGAACCCGAGCGGCAAGAUCCUGCGCAGGGAGCUGCGCAAACUAGCACAGGAAAAGAGCAAACUUUAAGAGUGCUUUCACACUGUACGAUCCGAUAUCGGAUGCCCGGUCCCUAUGAGAAA